AUGGAUAGCAUCCAUCCCUCUCGAAGAUCCAACGUAGUGGAUAGCUCAGAAAAGAUCCUGUUCUGUCUACCUGACAUAUCUGAUGAUAUGAGCAGAGCGAUACGGAGCUCUUUACGAAAAGCUAGUCUAGAGAAUGACGUGAGGGUUGUGGAAAUACCUCCAGCGAACCUCAACGGAUCAGCUGCGGAUGUUGUCGGAACGGGACCGAUAAGAAGUCGUCGCGUUGGUUGUCGGCACGUCGCCGCGUGCACUUUUCAGCCGUCCAACAUCACCUUAUCACCAAAUUUGAACUGUUCCCUCCGAUGUUGCCGGCAUUCCCAUGACUGUGCGAUGCGGGAAAGUCACGUCAACAUCGGUUUCAUCCCGGAACCACCGCAAAGUUUACAAGGAGCUCCUCCACCGUAUAUGGCCACACCGAUCAACAGCUACUGGCAACCGUCAGCCUCAGCUCCAUCACCAUCUCGGAUACCAUCCGCUCACCCUGUUCAUGCGAGAACAGUCCGUUGUACUCAGUGCUAUUUAGAACGAGCAGCUGCAGAAAGACGACUUUUCGAACGACGUAGACGGAAUAAACGAGUAGCUCUAGUUAUUGGCACUUCAAGAAUAUGGGACCCUCUUGAAAUGAGCCCAAUAGAAGAUCGCCACGUAGCAGAAGCGAGAGGAUGUUGA